UAUGCAUAUCCUGGCGUCAGGGCCUGAUCUACAGGCAGUUUACUUUGGGCACGUCAUUCAGACAGGAAGUGGAGAAAAAAGGGGCCUAUCCCUAAGAAGAUUUAUUAAUGAAGGGGCUAAGCCUCGGCAUACCCACAACUUGUUUAUUCAUCAAAACCCAGCCCUUUCGUGCCACCACCAGCUACUGCAUCCAUAAUUCCUGUUGUGAAAAUGGCUCAAAUAUUUUUGACACCCCCCAAACCUAUAACUCUACCGCCAGUGCUAAGAUUUACCAUUGUGUUGGGUUUGUUAAAGUAAAGCACUUAGUGUCAAAAAUUACACGCUUAUGGAGUGUAUACCUAGAUCAAGCCAGAUAUGUGGGCUCUACAGGUUGCCAUACAUCUCGGGUAGUCAACAUGUAAGCACUUGAGAUUUUCUGAGCAGGUACUAAGAAGUCACACAGUAAGUGCAGUUUUCAGUUGCCACCAUAAAACCUUCCAUGUUCCCCACUCAGCACCAACAGGAAUGGGAUGAAGAAGGAUAGGGUACACAGACAGUUUAAUGUUAUUUUCUAUGGGUCAUAUGCUGCAGGGAUUCCUUCUGUUCUGAUUGUGGUAUGAGACCUUCUGGUCCCUUUGGGAGCUUCAGUCAGCAGCACACAGAGAGCAUAAUUUCUCUCCACUGUCCUCUCCUGCGAACACAAUGCGUGCCAGUUAAUUAGACAGCCUCUACUAUAAUCAACCAAUAUUUUGAUCUAAGUAGGACAAUUUAAUCCAAAAGACUGUUUGCCAUAAUAGAGAAUUAAAACCUCUCUCCCUGUGCUAAUUGCAUGCUAAUGAUGGCAUUAAUAGAUAGUGUUGAUUGGGCACAGCUUCUGUUGUUAUUUCCGUGUGUGCGUCAUUGAGUCACUGAUGGAACAGAUGCCUCUCUCUGCUGCCAGAUUGCUUGUGUUGGGUGAACUCGCCCGCCAAGGAAGGAAUGGGUGUGUCCAUAUGUUCUAAAGAGAUAGUUGACUGAGAAAUAACCUGAGAUUGACCCUGCCGGUGCCUUUUGUGUGUGUGCUUCAGUGGGAGCACUCUGUUUGUUCUGUUGGUGCUCUAAUCUACAAUAAAUGCCAGCUGUUCAAGCUUCAAAGCAGUGAUCUCUGUGUUUUGUUGUAUGUGUGCAUGUGUGCUAUAUAUUUGAGGCCCUGUGACCCAUUCAAACGCAGAUUAACUAUCUGAGCCAGUCAGGCCAUCAAAAGCACAGCAAAACCCUACUCUCUGCUGUUCUGCUGCUGUUUGAUGUGAUCUAGGAGCAGUGUUCUGGGGAGACAUACAGGCUUUUCUCCUGUGAUGUGAACAGGUGCCACUGUUCUCUGUACAGUAUGAAAGUGAAUAGGGAUAAGAGCCUUGAAGACUGACUCGAAGCCCAGUUUAGACCUACUGGCUGUUGUUAGUGGCUGGAAAUGAAGCUUUGGAACACGGAGAGGGCUUGAACAUGAACAUGAAAGGGUUUGUCGUCCAGGGAGAGGGGGAAUAAACUAGACAUUUGUGAUAGGCUGGAGGAAAACAAAAAUAAACAUUGUGACACUGCAGUCGUGUCCUCCAGGCUGUGCUAAAGACAGAUGUUUGAAAAAAGGAAAAGGGAGCAGAAUAGAAACAGAUCCGAUAACACUCACGGCUGCCCAACAUUAUUUAUAUUUGUACUGGGGUAACAUUGUAUGGAUGUUUCCCUUGUAUUGUAGGAAGUGUCCUUCCCUGUUGUAUGGUGGUAACGUUAUAAUUAUGUUUCCCUUGCAGGACGUGCCCUUCCCCGGCAGCUGAGGAGUACAGUGAAGGAACAGACAGGCUUAACCUGGAUCAACGCCAUCAUGACUCAGCUGAGGCAGGAGGGCUGGAUCCACCACUUGGCCAGACACGCUGUGGCCUGCUUUCUGACCAGAGGAGACCUGUGGAUCAGCUGGGAGGAGGGCAUGAAGGUGUUUGAGGGGCACCUGUUGGAUGCAGACUACAGUUUAAAUGCAGGGAACUGGAUGUGGCUGUCUGCCAGUGCCUUCUUCAACCAGUACCACACGUAUCUUCUGCCCUGUACUCUUCGGGUGACGCACAGACGAAGAAUACCUCAGGAAGUAUUUCCCCUCUAAGUCUAUGAGCCCUAGAUGGCCAUAGAGGAAGUGUUGCUGCAGGCUUGCUGCAUCAUUGGUACGAUGCUGUUUCUGUAAUGUUUUUCUUACCAUAACUAUUGUUAAAGCUACUAGUCCCCUUUUUCAGACUGCUGCUUGUAGUGGGCAUUUCCAUCUUAAAGGACCCGUGAGCACCAAGGUGAAAUUCAUAGGAACAUGUCAAAUUGAGUUUCAAAUUAAAGCAACGAGUCAAGAUUUUUGAGAAAUUAACAAAUACAUACAUUUUUCAACCAUUUUCCAUCCUAAAAAUGUAUUUGUACUGUGAUGUCCAAACUUGUGAAAUACAAACUUCUAUGAUUGGUUCAGAUUUUGUCUGGUCUGGACCAACAAAACGUGCUCUUGUUUUGGGAUGGAGCUCAUUAAAAUAAGGAUAUUGCAUAUUUCUACCUUUGUAUACCUGUUUGUGAUACAUUACAAUAAUGAUAUUUUGGGAUUUGGUAUUUUAUUAGGGUCCCCAUUAGCUGUUGCAAAAGCAGCAGCUACUCUUCCUGGGGUCCACA